CGACUAACGCUCGUCUCUCAUCAAAUCACUUCAAAGGCACGAUUGCACCAAUACUCCCAACUAAUUUUCAAGAUUCCUUAGAGAUCUCAUAGACAAAAUGGGACCUCGCUAAGUCGAGAAAUGCUUUAAGGGUUAUUCAGAUCAAAAGCACCUGUCGGAAAGGUUCAAUUCCCAAUAUAAUUUGGCCGUACCUAACUACAUUUCCCGCCAAACAUUCCAUAAUUGAAAUCCCUUUGUACGUCAUCUUUUUAUCUGCACAAGAGUCUUCUUGAUUUGCUGAAACUCUAUCCUUAUUUAUCACAAGCAUAUCCUCGUACAACCCUUGUAUAUAAUCAAAAAUUUCCAUAUAAAACUUGAAGAUUUUCUUGUAUUAGUGGGCAGUGGGCAUUUUUUCUUUAGUGGUUUUCAUUGUUAACAAUGGCUGGUUCAAGGAGAGAGAGGAUUUUGGUGACUGGCGGUGCUGGAUUCAUAGGGACACACACUGUUGUUCAGCUUUUGAAAGGAGGUUUUAAGGUUUCGAUAAUAGACAACCUUGGAAACGCAGUGGAAGAGGCAAUUCAUAGAGUCAGAAAGUUGGUUGGACCUCAAUUGUCUCAGAAUCUGGAUUUUCAUUUGGGUGAUAUCAGAAAUAAGCAUGAUUUGGAGAAGUUGUUUUCUCAAAAUAAGUUUGAUGCUGUGAUUCAUUUUGCUGGGUUAAAAGCUGUUGGUGAAAGUGUUGCUUAUCCUUUUCGAUAUUUCGACAACAACUUGAUUGGAUCAAUAAAUUUAUACACAAUAAUGGAAAAAUAUAACUGUAAGAAGUUGGUUUUCUCGUCCUCUGCAACGGUGUAUGGUCAACCCGAUAAAAUUCCGUGCGUGGAGGAUUUUCAAUUGAAGGCUAUGAAUCCAUAUGGCCGAACAAAGCUGGUUCUUGAAGAUGUAGCUCGGGAUAUUCACAGGGCGGAUCCAGAAUGGAGAAUCAUUUUGCUCAGAUAUUUCAACCCCGUUGGGGCUCAUGAGAGUGGUAUGAUUGGAGAAGAUCCAAAGGGAAUUCCCAAUAAUCUUAUGCCUUAUAUACAACAAGUAGCUGUUGGCAGAUUACCGGAGUUAAAUGUUUACGGGCAUGACUAUCCCACUCGUGAUGGUAGUGCGAUCCGAGACUACAUCCAUGUUAUGGAUUUAGCAGAUGGUCACGUCGUUGCACUUCAGAAGCUUCUAGAACUCAAGGAUAUAGGUUGUGUUGCAUACAAUCUCGGGACUGGACGUGGCACUUCUGUCCUUGAAAUGGUAGCUGCUUUCGAAAAGGCCUCUGGCAAGAAAAUCCCGGUUAAACUGUGUCCGAGAAGGCCGGGAGAUGCCACCGAAGUCUAUGCUUCAACAGAGAAAGCCGAGAAAGAGCUCGGUUGGAAGGCAAAAUAUGGUAUAGAUGAAAUGAGCAGGGACCAAUGGAAGUGGGCAAGCCAGAAUCCAUGGGGUUACCAAUCCAAACCUUGACAAGCUUGUGUUCGAGCAGUUGUACUUGGGGGCGAUAUUCGACCCCUACAAAUACUUGCUUUAAAAUCAUGUCCUGAAUUUGAUGACUCAAAUUUAUCGAUUCCAAAAUUAGAAUUGUAUUUUGGAUUGUGUUGAAAGGAGUUAAUUUGAAACUCCUAAAGAUUGGAUUUUGCAUUUUCUUA